GACAAAGACAUUGGCGACUAGCUUCUCCAUGGCUUAGUAGUAUUAAUCCUAGGGAUAGUCUGAUGCCAAAAGACGGUGAUGAUGGCUUUUACCCAACUACUGGAAAUGAACUAAAACCUGAAGCUGUAAUUUCAAGUCGUAAGUACCAUGGAAGAGUGUUAGUUUGCGCCCCAUCAAACUCUGCCCUUGAUGAGAUUGUGUUGAGGGUUCUCAAUGGAGGUGUACAUGAUGAAAAUGACCGUGUUUAUUGCCCUAAAAUUGUACGGAUUGGUCUCAAAGCACAUCAUUCUGUCAAGGCUGUUUCCCUGGAUGAACUUAUGAAACAAAAACGUUCUAGUGCCAAUAAAUCAUCCACCAAUAAGCAGAGUACUGCAGGAUGUAAUGAUGACAGUAUCCGAGCUGCAAUUUUAGACGAUGCCACUAUUGUCUUCUCAACUCUCAGCUUUAGUGGUUCCCAUGUUUUCAGUAAACUAAAUCGUGGAUUUGAUGUUGUGAUUAUAGAUGAAGCAGCACAGGCUGUGGAGCCUGCAACUCUUGUUCCUUUAGCCAAUCAAUGCAAAAAAGUUUUUCUGGUUGGUGAUCCAGCUCAACUUCCAGCAACUGUAAUUUCGGACAUUGCUAAGAAUCACGGAUAUGGCACAAGCUUAUUUAAAAGAUUGAUGGAGGCUGGCUAUCCAGUUAAAAUGUUGAAGACCCAAUAUCGAAUGCAUCCUGAGGUUGGUGCAUACUGUUAACAUGUUCUAUAUUAGCUAAGAAUAUGGCUAAAAUACUGCUCGUAAGGUGUGGUCAAUCUUU